AUGGCCAGCGACCGCCCCCCGAUAAGGAGGCCACUCUCUAGCGACGACUGCAGCGACUGUUUCAGACACGUCAGCGACCCAGAGUGGCAGGAAUUUAAGCGCGCCAAAGAAGGGGAACAAAUCGGAGAUGAGGAGGUCUUGAAGGGCUUCGGACUCUUCGAGACGUCGGUCGAGUCGGCAGCGCAACCGCCACGCUGUCCAAAGUCUUGCUUGGUGUGCUCUGGACAGUAUCGCACACUCCAUUCGCAAGCGAAUAUACACACCCUUCGAUACGAAAAGGCAUUCUCCGACGCAGAUGCUGCAAAUCAGAUCUCCAACAGUUUGAAGGCGAUCAGAGCCAACUUCGCAGCGAUCCGUCAACUUAUACAGCAAUAUGGAGACACAUUCGUGAGACGCUGGUCAAAGAAGAGUGCUGCAAAACGAUACAAGCUUCUGAUCUCAGUCAUGCCGCAAGUAUACAAGCGUGGCAGUGAUGGGCUAUCGUUGGGCAAGAUAUCCUGCAGCAACCUCGCAGAUUGCAGAGGUACACUUCUCCUCCCGUGGCUCAACAUCGAAUACCUCAGUCAAGAUCCACACAGCUUGUUCGCAUUACUGCAUGCCCGCACCACCAACAGUCUCUCCUCCUGGGCUCUAUUCGACCAAUAUCAGCUCGCCGGGUCUUUCUCUCAGGGCGCUCUGUCAGUCGCAUACAACCCGCACUGCGUGGCAAUGGACGGCGGCGAUGAUUCCGCAUACGGAGUGCUGGUACCCUGGGACGUGGAGAAAGCUCACCGACGGGAGAUCAUUGGUUUCCCUAUGGCUCAGCUCAUCUGCGAUGCACAGGAGCUACUGUCGUCCAAUCUCAAAUCCAUUGUCGAAAUGGUCUUGGAGAACGGCCUUGAAGAAGCAACCCAGGGCAAUGGCAACUGGAUCAGGUUGAUUGGGAGCGAUUUUAGAGCCGACAGCGACAGUUCGAGCUUUCAGCGCCGUCCGAUGGCAUUCACCUCUCCCCCGAGCCUUUGCUUAGACAAGAUGCUAGAGACCUUCCGUUCACGACAUGCCUCGGCGAUGGACGAAGCGGAGCUGCUGCAAACAGAUCCUGCUUUCGCGAAAGACCUCCUCUCAACUGCAGAGCGCUCCAUUGUGCACAAGACUGUAAGUAAUCCUUAUGCUACCGAUACCAGGCACGAGAGAUUUGAUUGCAUGCUAACAUCGUUUUUCUCCCUUGACAGAGCUGUGAUCGCGUUCGGUCUUCCAUACUCCCAUCGCUAA